GCCCUCCGGGCAAGCGGCCAUCUGCUUCUCAGGAACCUGCCCCAGUAUAAAUAGUGCGGAAGAAGGGGAGAAGGCUCCUGGCAGCCAGCAUGGCAGCACUGAGGCUCUUCUGUUUCUGCCUGGCACCAGUUGUACUCCUCGGGGCGGCAGAACUGCAAGUUUCUGCCUUGGAGGGCGCAGAAGACUCUGCCAACUUUGCUGAGGGUGGCUUGUUGCCUGGAGACUCAAGUCUAGUGAAGAAGCAGAGGCUGCUCAAUGGACAAGUUGCUGGGACAGGAAUCCCUCUCCAGUUCUCAGGCAACCAGGAGAAGCCUCAGGAUGAUGGCUCCACCAAUACAGGCCCUGAGGUGGACAGCGCAGAAAGGGGCAAUCUGAAUGAAAAUGGAGCACAUGUGGCUGAGCUAGGGGAGGUCCUGGGCCAAGAGCAGGGGAUGGCUGGUCACGAAGAAGGUGGAAGUAGCUCGGGAGAGCUGGAGCCGGUUUCUGCACUUAGGGUAGAGGGCUUGCAGAGUGAAGAAAUGGUUCCCCCGAAGACAGAGGCUCCUUCUGUGGAAGAUGUCCAAGGUGUCCUCCCAGGAGGAAACCAAGAUGUUUCUCAGGAUCUCCUCCAUUCUUUUCAGGCACAGCUGGAAGAUAAUUUCACUGAUUCCCCUGAUGUGGAUAAAAAUUUGGAAGGCAGCUUUGGGGAAGGGCCCUUGGGCAAUCCUUCACCAAGAGAGAAACCCUGGGAGGCGUUCAGUGCUGUUCUGAAGGAUAUGCGUGAAUCAGGAGAGUCAGAGGUGGCAGCAGGUGCCCAUCCAGCGCAGGAAGGAGCCACGAAGGAACUGGCAGGGCAUCCAAAAGAUGCGGAGGGCAAAGAACAAGCUACAGUGGCUGAAGGCGGAGCUGCUGCCCAGCGUCCCAUGGAAGGACUGGGGCUUGGUGAAGGGCAGCCAGAUGGCAACUGGGUAGAAGGUGCAAAGGCCUCUGAAGUGAAGGCGCCUCCAACAGAGAGAAAGCAACCUAGAGAAGAGAUGGAGAAUGCCUGGAGGGAUCGAUCCCACAUCGAGAGCACCCUGAAGCUGAAGGAAGAGAAACCCGCAGACGACUACUCAGCCAUCCUGCAGCGGCUGAGAAAAAUUUAUCAUUCCUCCAUCAAGCCCUUGGAGCAGUCCUACAAGUACAAUGAGCUUCGGCAGCAUGAAAUUACAGCUUACCCUGGACGUACUCUGGGCUCUUCAGCCACAGAUGGAGAGAUUACUUCCAAGCCAAUGGUGCUCUUCUUGGGGCCCUGGAGCGUUGGCAAGUCCACCAUGAUUAACUACCUUCUGGGGCUGGAUGACACCCCCCAUCAGCUCUAUACAGGGGCUGAACCCACCACUUCCGAGUUCACCGUCAUCAUGCACGGCCCUAAAGUCAAGACCAUCGAAGGGAUUGUGAUGGCUGCUGACAGUGCCCGCUCGUUCUCCCCCCUCGAGAAGUUCGGGCAGAACUUUCUGGAGAAGCUGAUCGGAAUCGAGAUCCCUCACAAGCUCUUGGAGAGGGUCACCUUUGUGGACACCCCUGGCAUCAUUGAAAACCGGAAGCAGCAGGAGCGAGGCUACCCGUUCAAUGAUGUCUGCCAAUGGUUCAUCGAUCGAGCCGAUCUCAUCUUCGUGGUGUUUGACCCAACCAAACUGGACGUGGGGCUGGAGCUGGAGAUGCUUUUCCGCCAGCUGAAGGGGCGGGAGUCCCAGAUCAGGAUCAUUCUGAACAAGGCGGACAGCCUGGCUACUCAAGAGCUCAUGCGGGUAUACGGCGCCUUGUUCUGGAGCCUGGCCCCCCUCAUUAACGUUACUGAGCCCCCCCGGGUUUACGUCAGCUCCUUUUGGCCCAUGGAGUACCAAGCCGAAACCCACCAGGACCUCUUCUCGAAGGAGGAGAUCUCCCUUCUGGAAGACCUGAACCAGGUGAUUGAGAACCGGCUGGAGAACAAGAUCGCCUUCAUUCGCCAGCACGCCAUCCGGGUUCGCAUCCACGCUCUCUUGGUCGAUCGCUACUUGCAGACCUAUAAGGACAAAAUGACUUUCUUCAGUGAUGGAGAGCUGGUCUUCAGAGACAUCGUGGAGGAUCCAGACAAGUUCUACAUCUUUAAAACAAUCCUGGCCAAGACCAACGUGAGCAAGUUUGAUCUGCCCAACCGCGAGGCCUACAAGGACUUCUUCGGGGUGAACCCCAUUCACAGCUUCAAGCUGCUUGCGCAGCAGUGCUCCUACAUGGGAGGCUGCUUCCUGGAGAAGAUCGAGAGGGCCAUCACCCACGAGCUGCCUGACCUGCUUGGGAGCAUCGGCCUGGGAAAGAAGCCUGGCGCCCUCUCCUGCGACACCACAGGCUGUGGGGAAACGCCAAAGAACCGCUACAAGAAGCACUAGCGGGCUGCCAGCGUUGACCCUCUUGCGCCCCGGUUGAUGAAUGAGCUUAUGUCUUAUCUGUCCAAGAAGCCAAGGUCUGUUAGCCCUUCUGGGGGCCACAGAGUGAGCAGCUGGGGUCAUAAUGGCAGGGAACUUGGGUGGGCCUAGGGAAGAGAAUAAAGCACUGUGAAUACCUGUCA